GUCAUCCCGGGGCACAGGGGAGUCACUCAAGGUUUUGUGACAAAAUCAUGUGCUUAGACGGGCGUCCCUGGCCGCGAGCCAGCGCGGGAGGGCGGAUCCGAGCCGCGGGGCGCAGGGGCGCGGGCGCCUGCGGGGCUAGGUCAGGCGGGAGGCGCGGCUCGCGGGUCGCCGCGGAGAUGGCCGUGACGUCACACAGGUCCGGCCCGCAGACCCCCUUCGGGGCUCGGCGACGAUCACUCCGGGGACAAAAUGGACAUGCUAUUCAGAAGAACUUUGUGAUCUGAUGGAUUCUGAUGCAAGCGCAGGGGCUUUGGAAAGGCUGACUCACGGAUCCAAGGGAUAUUUCCUGGGCACCGACCCUGGCCCAGGGCCUCGGGAAUGACUUGAAGUUGUCCCUAAAAGGAAUGCGUCUGAAGGACUCAGAGUGUGUGCACGUUGGGGCCGUGGGUGGUUCGACCCUGACCCUCCAGGGUUUCCUGCUCUCCCGGGCUCCUGGGCCAGGAAAGGAGCUCAGAGAUGUGGAGUCUGGACCAGAUCUUAGUUUCUUUCAAGCGGGUAGAAAAAUAAAGAAUAGUGUCUCCGUCCACGGCCCCCGUCUUGGAAGCUUUCUGGACUUCACCGCCACCUUCUGUUUGCCGCUCCCCACUCCUGGAUGCCCCCGGAUUCCAGGGCCUGGCACGUGCCUUCCCACGAGGAUUCCUGAGGGAAGCAAGUGACAUGAAAAUCCACCGACGUCGCUUCACGGUCUCGUGCUCUGGUUCAGUGAAAAGUCCAUCAUAGCUGGCCCCCAAGCCAUGGCCGGUCUGAGGUCCGGCCGCCCCACCUGCAUCAGGGUGGCCUUCAGCUCCGCCAGCACCAGGGCCGGCUUCCGCAAGAGGCAGAGAAACACACUCCAUCUCUUCAAGGCCAAUCACAAAAAGAAUCACAUGGACUUAAUUGAAGGUAUCUGGAGGGAGUUUUUAGAUCCUUUCGAUGGCGAUUCAGAAGAUCCCCCCGGUCACCUGGCCUCCAGCCACAGUGACUGUUCUCCAGGUGACGCGAAUGGCACUGGGCCUUCCCACGCGCUCAGGUGCGGGCGUCCGGGAGAAGUUAGCUUAGAAGACCCUCUCUCGUCCAAAACCGCAGACCUCCCGCUGAGAGCGGCCAGCCGGGGCCCCACGUCCCUUGAGGCCAACGACGUGGAUAUGCAGCCCGUGGAGGCCAGCAGCCCCGAGACUCGAGGCCGGGCUACCCGGCGCUCGGGGUCACCGGAAGACCGGAGGAUGACCGAGGACCCGUGGCCCAGGGCAGCCGGCCCCCUCCUCCCCGCCACGGGUGCCCUGGAGCCAGGCCGUCUGGCACAGAGCAGAACCAGAGCCACCCGGCCGCCACCCAGACUCGGGGGUGAGAAGGACAAGGGAGCCAAGCUGACCCUCUCCAAGAGGAAACUGGAACUUUUACUUGCAGAGCCUGAGAAAACUAAGAGAAAGAAGCAGUAUGUGGCCUAGGCCAAGGCAUGAACUGAGUACAAGUCUGGUGCCAGAGCCAGGGGGCCGCGGCCCACACGCCUAGGACCACCGUCCCCAAGUGCCAAUAAAAGGGAAGUGCACGUGA